AUGACGUCAUACUCGAAAUGGUAUAACAACCAAAUAAUACAAAAAACAAAGAUAUUACAGAUGGGAACUUAUCGAUGAACGGGAAUAUCUUUGCUGUAAUAUCAUCAUGGAUAAUUCAACUGAAUCAAACGUUGAAGAAAAGAAUCAGACAGGAUUUGUGGUCGUUGAGCAUGAAGAAUGUCUACGUCACAUCAAGGAUGCUGUGAAUGAUGAUAUUAAGAAGUUGGAACAAAGGAUCGUGUUAUUGGAGAAACAGUUAAAACUGCACAAGUACAGUCAAAUUCUUCAGGAGAGAUUCGUCAAUGUAGUAAUGGCUUUCAUCAUGAUGAUAUCUCCAGUCUGUCUUUCUUUUGCUUUGGACUUCUCUAUGCGUGGUGGUCGUGGAUACUAUGGACGUGAAGGACAGCUAUUAAAGGAGAAUUUGAUUCGUCUGCUCCUGGCAUUUAGCUGUAUGGUUGGUUUACCCGUGUUUGUCAAUGCCAUGCUUGAGUGGAAAGAAAUCCCGAUAGAUGACUCCAUUAGUGCCACACAUGACAAAGAUGAAGCUGAUGAGAUUGAAAGCGAGGAUGAUGAAGUUAUUGAAGAGGAAGAGGAGAAUAAUUCAGAAAGUGAAGAAAAAGAUGAGAAUAAUAACGUGAAGGUCGAGGAAAAAGAGGAAUGAAUAAGAAACAUUUGAUUACAUAUAUUCACUGAUCAAUUUCAAAAUAAUUUAAAGAAAAAGAACAAAUCAUAAUUUUAUCAUAAUUUUCUAUUUACAAAUAUAUUUGCACACUUUGACACAAAGCAUGAGUUUUAAUCAGCUCAAAAAGAAAUCUUUAUAAUAUUAUGUACACAAAAAAAUAAAGCAGAACUAAAAUCAACUAAAAUCUCAUGUUUUUACACUGUUAUAUCUUUAUGUGAAAAAAUGAACAAAAUGUACAUUUUUAUCAUGGCUUCUUUACUUGACAAAUAUCCAA